AAGAGGCGGGGCUGCCGCCGACUGGGCUGUUCCGACGAUCGCGCACCGCCCCCACCGCUCCCCGCGCCCGCCCUUGCUACCAGGCACCUUCCGCCCCCCGCAUUGCUGAUGCUGCUGCUGGCAGACAUGGACGUGGUGAAUCAGCUGGUGGCUGGGGGUCAGUUCCGGGUGGUCAAGGAGCCCCUUGGCUUCGUGAAGGUGCUGCAGUGGGUCUUUGCCAUCUUCGCCUUUGCUACGUGCGGCAGCUACAACGGAGAGCUUCGGCUGAGCGUGGAGUGUGCCAACAAGACGGAGAGUGCCCUCAACAUCGAAGUUGAAUUUGAGUACCCAUUCAGGCUGCACCAAGUGUACUUUGAUGCACCCUCCUGCGUCAAAGGGGGCACUACCAAGAUCUUCCUAGUUGGUGACUACUCCUCCUCGGCUGAAUUCUUUGUCACUGUGGCUGUGUUUGCCUUCCUCUACUCCAUGGGGGCCCUGGCCACCUACAUCUUUCUGCAGAACAAGUACCGGGAGAACAACAAAGGGCCCAUGAUGGACUUUCUGGCCACAGCAGUGUUCGCUUUCAUGUGGCUAGUUAGCUCAUCUGCCUGGGCCAAAGGCCUGUCCGAUGUGAAGAUGGCCACAGACCCAGAGAACAUUAUCAAGGAGAUGCCUAUGUGCCGCCAGACAGGGAACACAUGCAAGGAACUGAGGGACCCUGUGACUUCAGGACUCAACACCUCAGUGGUGUUUGGCUUCCUCAACCUGGUGCUCUGGGUUGGCAACUUAUGGUUCGUGUUCAAGGAGACAGGCUGGGCCGCCCCAUUCAUGCGCGCACCUCCAGGCGCCCCAGAAAAGCAACCAGCACCUGGCGAUGCCUACGGUGAUGCGGGCUACGGGCAGGGCCCCGGAGGCUAUGGGCCCCAGGACUCCUACGGGCCUCAGGGUGGUUAUCAACCCGAUUACGGGCAGCCAGCCAGCGGCGGUGGCGGUGGCUACGGGCCUCAGGGCGACUAUGGGCAGCAAGGCUACGGCCAACAGGGUGCGCCCACCUCCUUCUCCAAUCAGAUGUAAUCUGGUCAGUGAAGUCCACGAAGACCCCACGGGUGGGCAAGAGCUCAAGAGAAGGCCUGCCCCCCUUCCCAUCCCCAUAUCCUAGGUCUCCACCCCUCAACCCAGGAGACCCUAACUGUCUUUGCUGUUUAUAUAUAUAUAUAUUAUAUAUAAAUAUCUAUUUAUCUGUCUGAGCCCUACCUUCACCCACUUCUCCAUGCACUAGGGGCCCAGUCCUGAAUGGGCUCCUCCCUAACCCUGACCUUGCAUUCCUCAGCCCCAUCUGUUCCCCGGCCCUGUCCCUUGAGGUAAGGGGGCUCUAGAAAGGGGACAGGAAGAGGACCAGACCUUGGCUGCAUGGAGUGGGUCGAUGUGACUUUUUCCCCCUUCCUUCUCUCCCAUUGCCCUUCCUAACUCUGGCCUUGGUUCCUCCAGCAUCGCCUGAACUUCAGAAGCUCUCAAAUGGAAAUCCGACCCCAAGAGUAGAGGGGUGGAGGUGGCUUGGGUGAAAUGGGUGGAGAGAUGACCUCUGUAGAGAGAGGACUAGUCAGCCUAGAGUUAAUUCCAGACAUACUGGAUGUGGAGCCUAAAAGGGAAGUGGUGUCCUACAGCAUUCUGGAACAGGGCUGAAAGGGACUGGGGAGAGUGGUACUAGGAGGGGUGUGGCUUAAACACACAGUGGGUUCCAGAGUGGGCAGAUUUGGGUUGGACCCAGCAUCUCUAGAAGGGGUAUGUCUUGGAACAUUCAGGAGUUUGAGCUUGAUUCCAAAGAGCUUGAGCAAGGAUAGAAGUGGGGUUCAGGAAUGAUCUAAGCUUGAGAUAAGGUUCUGGUCAGAGUUCCAGGCAGGCAUGUGAAGAGGAAGAAGAAUGUGUGGUGGUCUCAGAAGAGGAAGCCCAUUCUGUAAUGGGGCAGAAAAGAAAAUACGUUUUUCAAUUGAGUGGAGUUUGAGCAGUGAGUGUAGAAGGCCAUGGUUGGGAGCUAUGAGGUGAGUUUUGCUAAAAGUAGGAGGGAGUACUCCUGGCCCCUGGGAAUUGAGGUAACCUGGGAAGAGCCAAGUAUUGUGGUUUGGAGGGUGAGCAAAUGUCCCUUGCUGACUCGCUCAAAAGAGGGCUAGAUCAUCAGAAGACAGAGUCUACAGGUCUGUGGGGCUGCCCUACCUUCUCUUCCCUGCUUCCUCUUCCUUCUCCUUCCACACUCCCGUCUGUCCCGGAAUACUUGGAGGCUGGGUCUGGAGCCCCGAUCCUGUACCCUCUGCUGUGUCUGUGAUGUUGGUAGUGCCUGUGAUCGUGUGUUGCCAUUUUGUCUGACUGUGGCCCCUCCCUCUUCCCUCCAGACCCCCUACUUUCCUGUGCCCUUUGGUAUUGUUUGAAGACCCCCCUCCCCGAGGAAGAGCAAAUAUGAGAAACACCCCCCCACACCAAUAAACUCCUCAACUAUCUAGU